GGUUCUUUUCAGUUUGGUUUUCACUCACACACAACUGCUUUGUUUUCGCGCUUUCUUGUUUUCACAUGUUGACUGUGUUUAGAAAGUUUAGUUUAUCACAAUCGCAACAACUAUAAACCGGUACUUUAAAUAUAAUUCUAUUCAAUUCUAAGGCAAAUCCUUUUAAACAAUAUUUUUAGGAGAUGUUUAAAAAUCGAAAAUCGUCUUUACUGGCAAAGAAAUCUUCUGAUUUAACGACAAUCCGUGAGAACAUCAUUGAUACCACAGUCCGCUCCACUUCGCCAUGGCAAAAGGUACGACGAUUGGAAAGUGCGCCUGCACAGGCUGCUGAAGCGGAUGAGCCCUUCGGGAGCAGUCAAUUUUCCGUACCGGCGAGCCAGAUAAACAGCCAGCGAAGGUAUCUUUCACAACGAAGUAAUCUGCAAAAGUCACAAAGCGCUCGGACUUCGCGCCGAAUGCCUACCAACUAUUUUGAAAGUGUCCUACUCAAGUGCCAGCUAGAGUUGGACGAUCCGUCGUCUAUCGUGCUCCGCUGCGAACCGAUUGGCUUUGUGCGAACGCUGAGGACCCUGCUUAGAGGAAGUGGGGACUAUCCGAAGAAUCUGAAGGAUUUCGUGGCUGGGGUUGAGCAGGUGAGUAGGAACAGGGAUGCUUUUCGGAAGCUGCUGGAAUGCUGCCAGUUGCAAAGUCAAACCACCGGGGAAGUGAAAGCGAUUCAGGAGAGUGUGAUGAAGAUGUUGCUGUGCGUGGAGUUUAUGCAGGAGGAUUUGAUCCGGCUGCUGUUCGAUUAUGUAGAGCGCGCGACAGAUGAGGAGAUCGGAAUGAACAUGAUUGGCUUGGUGCUGUCCCAGAUCAAAUUUAUUGACCAUAGUGUACAUGGGACGCUCGUAUUUAACAAGUAUUUUGAGGUGCUUGGUCGCAAGAAGAGUGCGCAACUUUUAAAGGAAGCGAUUGGGGCACUGGAGGAUGUCAUCGAUGUGUCUAAGCAGAACAUGGCCUUUCGGAAAAUUUUAGAAUUGUUUUCGGUUUUGGGUGAUCUUUUCACAAUAGCGAACGUGACUGUAUUUUGUGAGAUGAGUCUAAGCGGGACAACACUUAAGUUGGCCAGGCAGAAGAUGGUAGAAUUUGUGGAGAGCGGAUGUGGAGCGGAAAUCUAUCCGCUAUUGGUACGGUUUAUGCUGAAAUUCAAUGGCAAUGAAACUGAUAGUCUUCACGAGAACAUCCGAGAAAUCCGUUUGGUCAUAGACAGUCUAGUUCGAAUGGGUAACGAUUCAACUGUAAAGAAGAGUCUGCGAGAAAUUUUCCAAAUCAUCUACCAAACGUUGACUGUAUCAGCAGUACUGUACGAGGCGUGGGUGAAAUUUUGUCGACUUUUAACCGACGAGGAAUCUCACAUGGCUUUGGAUCUUCUAGUCCUACUUAUGAUGCUUACCGUUAAUGAGAUCAAGAGUAGUGGUAUACAAAAAAUGCUGAUCAACAAAAUCAAGAAGGGUCAUUUGAAGAUUGCGCAAAUGCAGUCAUUGACAGAGGAUUUCGAGUCUGUGUUGAACGCCCAUAUGGAUUGCGUCUUGGACUUCGUAGAAUCAUGUCUUAAGGAGAAGCAAGCAGAAGUUUGCGAAUUCGGCGUAUUGUCUAUGAGAUAUUUGUUCUCGGGGAACAACCUGAACAAUCGGUUGGUUCUGAACAAGCUGGUUGGCUUCAUGUGCGAGAUGGCGUUGAUAAACGAAGGCCAACGUAACGAUUAUCUGAUUGCUACAUGCAUGGAUGCCCUGUCCAGCAUAUACGAAAGCUUUCCAAGCGACAUUCAGAACAAUGCUCAUAUUUUACUGAAAAUAAUGGAUAUUUCAAUGGACCUAAAUCUGCAGCAGUAUCGAACUGCGGUCAGUCUGAUUUGCGAAGCGAUUCAUGUUCCGAACAGACCUCUAUCCGACAACGAAACAUGGGAUAGUCUCAAUAUCGUGAUCAAGAAACAACUACUGAGUAACAAUAAGGUCGUCAAGAAGAAAGGAGUGAUCGGAGUGGUUCGAUUGAUUAGACAUCUAUUGAAAACAUCAACUGAAAAUGAAGAACUUACGAGCAGCUUCGAUUCUGAUCGGACGAUUGAUACGGUUAGCAAUAUUCCAACAGCAGCUGGACGAGAGAUCGGUAAUAUGAUCAACUUGUUGUUCACUUCGUCCAACGAAUCUUCUGAUAUUUUAGCACUCUGCUACGAUGAAUUGGCAGAAAUGCUACAAGAUUUUGAAAGUAAUGUUGGCAAACCUGAAAGAGCCUUCUCUGUAUGGCUCUGCGAUGUUCUAACAAAUGAUUUCCAGAUUUUCAUCAUUGAGGAAAUCCCAUCCGGUGAAAUCGUCCAAUAUUCCAAAAAACUAUGCAUCAACGACGCAACCGAGCUGGAGAACACUAAUGCAGAGGCAUACGCAAUAGCGGUCAACAUUACGGAGAACAUGUUGGCCUAUAACAGUCGUUACUCCACAAUGUGCUUCUUUCUGUCCAUGUUCAAAUUGAUGAAGGUGCUGCAACUGAUCCGCUACAAUGGAAAUCUGGAAUCAAUCAAUGCUCUGUUGGGAUGCGCCAUUGUUGUGCACUUUUACGCCGAGCCCGAUGAGAAGCAUCUCGUUGAAACAUACGAAGAAGACAUCUGCCGACAACUUCUGGAUGCGUAUUUUUAUAUCGCCAAUUGGUUCCGUGAACUGAUUAAUGCCUUCCUUCUACAAUCGGACAAAUUAAUACAUCGGAAAGUGAUCGAACGGCUAACUGCUCUGGUUCAACUCGAACGUCGUCUAGCGGCGCUACUCCGAAAUGUGGACUUUGAUUAUCAACCCCCGAUUUGUGACUUUUCCGCCGAUACCAAUAAGAAGGCCUUGCGAUCAGCUAAACAGUCAACAUCCAAAUCAAAUCUUACACUAAAUGCUACAAGGAAAUCGCAAUUUGAUGCCACGACCAAACCUCGCUCAUCAGAGUCUUCCGAGUUCGACACCGAGACGCUUUUCGUUCGCUAUCGGCGUGGAUUUAGAGCCAUGGACAGCCAGGUAAUAAAGCUUUUACGUGAACCGGUUUUACUGUGCCACACAUUGCCGAUUGACAAGGUCGGGGAAAGCCUAGGCCUAAUCGAGUAUCGUUUGCUGGAAACAUUUGUCACUGACAUUGAAUCGAAAACAGGAACUCGCCUCAAACUCGAUGAUCUGCUAGAAAUUGUGCCUUAUGCCGAAAAUUAUGUCAAAAUUAACACCAAACGACAGGACCUUCAUACUUCUACAGAACCAGAACUUCAAACUGAUUAUAAAGUCCUCACUUGUUGUUCAAAUCUGUCCCUGCGAAUGUUUACGGGUGUUCUUCUACUACUCAGCAAAGCAAAGCAUGAAGUACGCCACAAAGCCUUGAAGGUCUUUGAUAAACUCGCAACUUCCCCAGACCAAAGCCGGCAAUCCGAAGCAGAUAAUGUCGAGGUGAUCCUGACGACCGAGCUAACACACAAAAAUGCUUUCAAAAAUCUACACAACGCUCAUUGUCUCUACAAGUUUGGCUGCGCUCUGCACCUCGUCUCUCCAAACUCAGCCAACACUUCCAUAAUCGCCUCAUUCUGUCAAAAGUUCAUCUGUUCUCAUUUUACCGCUAAAACCGGAAAUGCCGUUGAGUUAUCCCAACUGCUUCAAGGAAUUUUCAUUGUGGUCGACUUCCCGAAAAUUAAAAGACUGACAAAAGCGCUUGCUGAUGACCUGACGUCCUCCAAGUCCGAUGCAAAACUCUACUCCGGCCUUCAACGAUGCCAUUACGCUUUAUUGUUCAAAGAACUCAGCAAGGCCUUUAUCAAAUGCAUUCAAUCGGAACUCCGCUUCCGGAGCACUACCGCAAAGUUCGUGCUUUGGGAGCAGUCCUCCGAAAUCCUCAAGCAGUUUUCCGAAGUAGCGAAGCACGCUGACAACUCCAAAAUCUACUCGUGCUAUAUGCGAUAUUCCCACACCUACCUGAAGCUCUUCCAGCAAAGCGGUCUGAAAACAAUGGAGGAUAUCCUCAAGGUCACGGCCGAUCGGGUUAGCCACCUGCUAAGCACUCUGCAGCACAACACACGUUACCUGCACAACAUCUGCUGCCACUCGAAAAACACUAAGGACAACAGUCUGGUGGCGCAGAUUCCCUUCAUUCGCGAAACGGUGGAAACUCUAAUCUAUAGUGUGAAGGCCGUCCUGGCCGCGAACAACUGCUCCUCGGUGUUCUGGAUGGGGAACCUCAAGAACAAGGACCUCAAGGGGGAUCUGAUCGUUACGCAGCUGGACGAACUCGAGCAGGAAAGUGAACCGGAGUCCGACAUAGCCGAUUUUCUUAGCGAUGACGACGAGACUGAGGGUCGACCGGUUCCUGCGGCAAGGUUGGGAAAGGUUUCCGAAGCCAAGACAUCGCAAAGCAAGUGCUUCUAAUGGGAUGACAUGCCAUUAUAUUUUUAAACAUAGGGGAAUUGUUCCUUGAAUUCAUACCAUGUACCCAAAUCAAUACCACUCGAAAACAAAGAAUUGGUGAGCUAGUUGUUAUAUUUCUCAUUUUUGUGAAUUUUUUCAGCAGUGAGCACGCCGGAAAACAACAAAACACGACACAAAUUAAGCCUGAAUUGCCUGUUCUGCGAAUGUUAUUGAUAUAGGAGCAUGUUAUUAAUAAUGGAACAGAUACCCUAUUUCUUGUUAUGUACAUAUCUAAUUCAUGACUGAAGAAAGUUACAAUAUUAUUCUUUUCUAAAGUAAGGAGAAUUUGGAUACUGAAACGUGAAAUAAACUGAUAGCGCAAUGGAAGCUGGACUGGAAGAUAAGUACAAAUA